UCGAGAUCAAAACAAAAAGAAAAUUCAAUUUUUUAACGUGAAAUAUUAAAAGAAUACCAUUAAAUAUAUAUUUCAGAAUUUAAAUUACGCUGAAAUAACAUAAUAGAGGUUGAACAUGCUUCAAUUUAAAGUUUAAGGAUUAAAUUUGAAAUAUUCGAAUCGGCGGCUAAACGUCACCCAGCACUAAUGUAAACAAACCGUUUUUGAUCUAUGAGGAAUAAUUCGUUCUAUUUAAGAUAACAACAAAAGUUAUAUAACCGUGAUGGCAGCUUUCAAAGCGUAAAAGCAAAUGAAGUCUUAGCUGCACCAAUUUGAUGUUCCAUGUCAGCCUGAUUUAGAAGUUUCGGAGAUUCUUAAUACAGAAUGAGCAAGUCAAAGCAGUCAGCUGGUGAUCAUGAACUCAUUGAAAGUUUGAGGUUCAAAAUUAAAGAGUUAGAACAUGAGGUAUCAACAUUGAGAAGUAGACUGGAUGGACUACGGAAAGCCAAGAAUACAACCAUUACUAAACGAGAGAGAGAAGUUGUUGAAGUUGGAUUUAAAAGGGAUCCCCACUACGAUGCCAAAAUUGAGGAACUAGAGAAAAAGCUUAAGGAAAAGAUGACCAAUAGCCGAGAAAUGGAAGAGUUGAAGAAACAACAUGCAGAGCAGCUUGCAGUUGCAGAGAAAUCUCGUCGUGACCUACAGAAACAACUGGACGAACUGUACGCCCGUAUGGAGACAGAGAGAAAGGAUUUAAAGGACAGACUAGAAAAGGAAAAGGGUAAGAAGGCGGACAACAAUGAUUCUGAGCUCUAUAAGUUGCGGACCAAAAUUGCUGAGUUAGAGGGGGACAAGUCUGCACUUAUGUUGGAGAGUAAUGAUUUGAAGGAGAGAGUUAACUCCCUUUGUCUGGAGCUCUCUGUAAAGGAGGCCAAAUGGUGUGAGAGGGAGGAGCAGUAUAAACUCAAGCUGAAGCAGCAGUGGGGAGACAAAUAUGCUGAGUGGAUGGCAGAGACAGAAAGGAAAAUUAAAGAAUUGGAGGAGACAAACCAAAUGUUGCGUAUGUACCUCCACCGUUCUGGUCAGGGAGUACCUGAAGAGGGGGCAAGGCACUCUUGACCACAGCCACUCACCUGCUGUAAUACCAUCCACUGCUGUUCAAAUUAAACAAAUUUGUUUUUCUGCUAUACUAGGUACCUUAACAUUGUAAAACUUGAUAAAAAUACUCUCUUGUAUUGUUGUAUAAUCCUUAUUGUCAUUUACUUAGUAAAAAGAAGAAACAUGCCAAUGAACUGCACAACUAUACAAUUGUAAUAUAUAAAUGUUCAAUUAUCAUAGCAUUGGGAAAUCUGUCGUUUGAUAGAAUUAGAUGUUUCCUUUAAAGGCUUUAAACACUUUUUGCACAAACAUUGUAUGCUGUCCCCUAUUUCUCGUAAAUCUAAAGUCCAUUAUAACAGAGGCAUUUUUGAGGGGUUUUAUGCUCUAUGAUUGAUAGAGAUUUUUAACAGAGAUUUGUCAAUGAAAUAAAAAUUAUAUUUCAUUGUUUCAAUCAGUUCAAUAACAAUUUGAUAUUUUCACUGUUUUGAAAUUUUUGCCCGCUCUCAAAUUCAGUUUAAAGACUAGUAUGCACAGGUCUAAAACACAAAUACCGUGACGCCUUUUAUGUUUUGCAUAAUUUUCAGUGCCUUAAAAUUGAAUACAACAUUUCAUUUUAAAUCAUGUAGGCAUACAAAACAAAUAAAAAAUAAAUGUUUAGGUGUAAGGGGUUGGGGUCUUGUAGUGUGAAUCACUGUAGAGAAUUGUUCCUCUAUAUUUUCACUCCAUGUUUAGUGUACAGAUUUCAAUAAAUCACAAUAUAUGAUAUUAUAUAACAGUUAUUUAAACAAGUGUUCAUCUGUGUUCAACAAGACAAUAGAUGUUUGUACUAAAUGAAAAACAUGGCUGAUAACCGUCAACCUUGCGUUGCUUUGCACUUAUGUUUGGCAUGCUGCUCCUUGUGGGUAAUGCGCACCAGCCACAAUCAUGAACAUGUCUUACAGGAUUGAUUUCAAACUUGAACAAUUUGGCAAGAGCAGAAAACUGAGCUGUAUUAUAUUUCAUUGAAUACAUGCAAUAUUUGCAUAUUUCCCUUGACUAUCUUACAUUUUUUUGUUAAAGUGCAAAAAUGUUUUGACAAAGCAAUGUAACAACUAAUUG